AUGACAGAUUUAAUUUGCGUUGAGUCCGCUUGUGGGAAGCCAGCAGAAUUCGAGUGCAAUUGUUUAGUCAUAAAAACAUUUUGAUGUUGUUCUCACCUUGUGACUCAUCUAAGUUCAUCAAAUGGUGAGCAUAAUCUCAAGCCGAUUACUAUCUCCUCCAUAAUUAAUCAAAAAUUAUUUUAAAUCUCUUCCACCUUUAGGAUGCUGCCCAAUAAUUUCUGAUUUAUUCUCUCAUAUUAGUGAGAAUAUUCGAAGUCAAUUUUAAAAUAAUAAACUUGAUCAUAUCUUGUCUUGCAAUUCGGACGGGAGUAAAAAUCCAAACAUCAGUACUGAAACAACCUCUGAUCAUCCUAAUGAGCAUGAUUUGUCCUAUCCUUGUGAUUACCCUAAUAUGCGUCCUCAUAUGCCGUCAAAUCUAAAUUCUUGUAAGCCUCUUUUCGAGACUUAUUUUGAGCGACCUCCUGAGCCUUUUAUCGCUGACUAUACUGGCUAUAAUGGCCAAUUUUAUAAAUAUCCUUUCAUUGAGGACCAUAAAGAGUCUAAUCCAAAUAUUGAAUUAACUCUUGUUCUGAUCAACGAACAGAUAUCAGCAAUUAAAAAUAUAAAAAAUAAAUUCCCAAAAAUAUACUUAUCCUCAUUACUAUUGGAAAUUAUCAAAAUUUUUAAAUAUUGGGAUUUUUUAAUAGAAUUUUUUUAUAUAAUUAAUAGUUGCUACAGGAGAAUUCUAUUAAAUUUAGACAGCUUUUAUGUUUUUUAACAUAAAUUGUAAAAUAAUUCUUAAAAUCCAAAAAACCCUUAAGAUUGAACAAAAAAUUUAGCUUAAAGAGGUUAGAAUCAAGCUACUGCUCAAUUGUGCUGAAAAAUAGCCUAAAGUCAAUAGAACAAUAUUAUGAAAUUCUUGACGAAGUUAAGAAUGAUGUAGAAUCUUCUGUAUGAAAUAGUGAUUCUCCCUUUUCAUUAAUAGAUAUCAUAAAUAUUGCAGAACAUAUACAAAUUGAAAUAGAAUUUCUGGAAAAAUUAAAUGAAAUUUAUUAUUAG